GCUGGCCCGAUUGCCUGAAUCAGUGAAUGUGUUUCAUGAAUGAUUAUGUGCGAGCGACUGAGCAGAGUGUGUCACUGACAAGGCAGGCUUGACAAAUGACAGAGCACUUCGUUCUUGUCGCCCAACUCCAAUCUGAGUGCAGUUGUCUGGCCUUCUCCCAUGACGGCACGAAGCCACAGAGAGAGAGAAGGAUGUGUGUGUGUGUCAAGACGCUGCUGCCUGGCCGGAAAGACAUUAUGCUGAAAUAAUCAGGGGACGAUUUUUUGGAGUACAGUAUUCCGAUUUCAAUUUUUUGGAUAUACCGUAGCUCUCUGGAGGUACUUUUCACUUGAAGUAGCCGAGAGAUGAGUGAUUCCAAGAAGCCGAUGGCGCUGGUGACUCCGGCUGGGAGCUCCAGGGCCCCGAUACGCAAGAGCCAGAGUGCGGCCUGUAAUCGGACAGUGGCAGAACCGUCCAGCCAAAGCCAUCAUGCGUCGAGCAAGCCGAGCCCUUCGCCAGGCGGCGCAGCCAUGUCCAACGGCACAGCGAGCGGCGGCACAAACGGCGCAGGCGCUCGCACGGCGGAUUGCCGCUCGGACCAGCAGUUCCCGUGCGAGCCGCUGCAAACGCGGUGCAGCGGCUCCGAUAGCAGGACCAGUGUCAGAGCAUCAGCCCUGACCAACGUUGGCGAGAGCACCUCCACUGUCUCGCUCAUCGAACCCAGCAGUGAUGAUAGCCCUAACGCCGGUGGCAGCAUGAGCAAUCCGACAUCCGUUGUGAACGCAACAGGCGGUGUCGGGGCAGAACAGCGCGUCGAGUGCUCUGCUUGCAAGAGGGCCGUGUCCGAUAGCUCGCUACUGGAGGCCAUGGACAAACACUAUCACGUCGACUGUUUCCGUUGCUGUGCGUGUAACGAGGUUCUUCCGUCUGCGUUCUACGAAGAGAACGGAAAGCCGUACUGCAAGAGCGACUUCAUACGUUUGUUUGGACAGAAAUGCAACGUGUGCCAUCGUCCCAUCACCGGUCUUGUCAUGAGUGCGGGAGAGCAAUGCCAGUAUCAUCCGGAGUGCUUCCUGUGUGUCGUCUGUUCGUCGCCGAUCGGAGAGUCAGAUCGAUACACGCUCAUCGAAGGUGCUAUUCUCGUCUGUGGUUCCUGUUCGGAUGUUCCUCAGCAGGGCACUAGCAGUACUAGUUGGGUGAAGAGUAACUCUAUAGUGCAGCUGGUUCACGUGCCGCCUGAUGAAACACCCAACGAUCUCUUUGAGCUAGUCACUUCGCCGCAGAACUUCAAGUCGUCGCUGCGACGGAAACGCACCAAGCGUGUCCAGGUGGCGAGGAUCAAGGAAACGGAUCACUUCGUCCCGGUCAGACCCGGAGAUAUGAUUCUCGAGCUGAAUGGUCAGCGUGUGAAAGACAUGAAACCCGAGCUGCUGCAAGCACAACUCCGCCAAUGCCAAGGGAGUGGAUUCACACUGACCCUGGAGCGGAAGAUUGCGAAAAAUUAUCCGAGUUAA